UAUCCCUCUCCUAGAAUCUUUUCUUUUCAAACUCCUCAACCCGUAUUUCAGAAACAAACUAUUAUUAUUAUUAUUAUUAUUAUUUUUUCUUAAGUUCAAUUAAAAAAAAUUUAACAAAUCAAUCACAAUCAUAGGGAAAUCUUUGUUAACCAAAACUUAACUAUCUUUAGAAAUUACAAGCCAUUCUCCUUCUAUAUAUCUCCUCCCCUUUACUCCAAACUCAUGACAUUCUCAGUUUUAGUAUAACCAUAGAUCAGUUGAUCAUCACCUGCGGUUUUAAAGUCUUGAUUACGGGUAAAACUUCUACAUUUUCAGAUUGUUAUUUUAUGCUUUUUUUUUUUUGUUUUUGUUUUUGAGUACUUUAAGUUGUGAAUGAGUCAUGAGAUUUAUUCUCUAAACUGAUGCAUUUAGCAUGAUUGGAAGACUCAAAAAUCACCUGACAUAGCCUUUCUUCUUCUUCUUCUUCUUCAAAACAGGACUUUUGUCAUUUUUUUUUUCCAGAGGAUUUUUGUUUGAGCAAUGGAGAAUGGUAACAUCCAUGCUUUUGAACUGUCUGUCAAACAAGGACUGCCAACUUUGAUCCCUCCAGCUGAAGAUACACCAAAAGAGCAGUAUUUCCUUUCCAACCUUGAUCAGAACAUCGCGGUGAUUGUUCGAACGAUUUAUUGCUUCAAAUCCAAUGAUUUAGGGAAUGAAAGAGCUGUUGAAGUGAUCAAGGAUGCACUGUCAAAGGUUCUUGUUCACUACUACCCGCUCGCGGGGCGAUUGACCAUCAGCAAUGAAGGAAAGCUUGCAGUUAAUUGUGCAGGGGAAGGAGCCGUCUUUGUUGAGGCUGAAGCAGAUUGUAACAUUGAAGACAUAGGUGACAAUACAAAGCCUGAUCCUGUUACUCUUGGGAAGCUUGUUUACGACGUUCCAGGCGCGAAAAACAUCCUUGAGAUCCCUCCUUUGGCUGCUCAGGUGACAAAGUUCAGGUGUGGAGGAUUUGUUCUUGGACUGUGCAUGAACCACUGCAUGUUUGAUGGGAUUGGUGCAAUGGAGUUUGUCAAUUCAUGGGGUGAAGUAGCCAGAGGAUUGCCUCUAAAAAUCCCUCCAUUUAUGGAUAGAACAAUCCUGAAAUCCAGAAUCCCUCCCAAGGUAGAAUUUCAACACGAUGAAUUCGAAGAAAUUGAAGACAUUUCAAACACUAAUGAACUCUACAAGGAGGAAAUGCUGUACAAGUCAUUCUGUUUUGAUCCUGAAAAGCUUGAAAAACUGAAAUUCAUUGCCAUGGAAGAUGGGGUAUUAGCCAAAUGCACCACAUUCGAAGUGCUUUCGGCGUUCAUCUGGCGAGCUCGAACUCAGGCACUGAGGAUGAAACCUGAACAGAAGACAAAACUGCUCUUUGCUGUUGAUGGGAGAUCAAGAUUUGUUCCACCAAUUCCAACAGGCUACUUCGGGAAUGGAAUCGUGCUCACGAAUUCACUCUGCAGCGCAGGCGAUUUGGUCGAGAAUCCCCUGUCUUAUGCAGUAAAAUUAGUCCAGGACUCAAUCCAGAUGACCACAGACAGCUACAUGAGAUCUGCAAUAGACUACUUUGAAACAACCAGAUUAAGGCCUUCUUUGACUGCAACCCUGCUGAUCACAACAUGGUCUAAGCUCGCAUUCCACACAACCGAUUUCGGGUGGGGAGAACCAAUCUUAUCAGGGCCUGUUUCUCUUCCUGAAAAGGAAGUCAGUCUUUUCUUAUCCCAUGGUAAAGAAAGGAAAAGCAUCAAUGUGCUUCUUGGGUUGCCUACUCCAGCCAUGAAGACGUUCGAAGACCUUAUGAAGAUCUAAAUUGUUUAUUGCUUUUUGCUACUGAAUUUUAAUCUCUUCCUGUUAUACUAUGCUAUUACUGUUUAAUGUUCUUUUUUCACCAGAAUUCAUGGAUGAACUUCAAACUUACAUUAUGUAUCUGCAAAAACAGUGGGAACAACUUCAGACUUAUGUUCUGUUGUUAGCUGGUUUUUGUACAUUUGUUGAUCUGUAAUGUUCAAUAUAUUGAAAAUCAACAUUGUUUUGAUCUGUUUCAAUACUAUAUUUUCUGGAA